AUGGACUCCAGCGAAUCUUACUCCCCAUCAGCUCCUAGACCUGCUGGCAGGACCGUCACCAUGAAGACCUUCUUGAGUCUGAUCGUUGUGUUUGUAAUAACGCAACUGCUGGGGACUGUACUUUUUGGGUUAUAUCUCCAUAUGAAGUUGGACAAGAUGGGAGAGGAGAUCAGCUUACGGGAAGAUUUCGUGUUCCUCAAAAAACUACAGAAGUGUCGGAAGCCACAGGAUGCUGAUGCUUCUUUACUGGAUUGCACAAAGAUCCUAAACAUCUUCAGGGAGCUUCAGGCACAAACAAGCCCGAUAAAAGAGGAGGUGAGCAGGGCCUUGACUGGUGACAAGAAGCCCUCGGCAACCAUUCAUCUGGCAGGUCUGAGGGGCAGCAGGAAAGUUUUGCAGUGGAAGGAGGCUGUAUACGCGCCGUCUAUGGAUGAUGAGUUUUCCUACCAAGAUGGGAAACUAACCAUUAACAAAGGAGGACGCUACUACAUUUACUCCCAAGUUGCCUUUUGUGCAAAGCAGGAACAGCACCUGCCCAAACAAAUGCCCCCCUUCAGCGUGUACAUGUAUCUGAACUUGCCCUCCGAGUCGGACCGGCUGCUCCUGAAAGGGGUAGGAACCCACGGCAACUCGGAUGACCUUUGCGACCUGCAGUCCAUUUACCUUGGGAGAGUUGUGGAGCUCCAGAAGGGACACGUCAUCUUUGUCAACGUCACGGACUCCUCCAGAGUGAAUUACGAUCACGGGAACACCUAUUUUGGCAUGUUUGAGCUUUCCUAGGCGGGGCCGAGAAGUGUUGCUUUGUUGAGCAGAGCGGCUUCCCCUGCUCCCCUGAUAUUUAUAACCCUUCCCUUCUUUGUUUUAUUUCCCCGACAUCCUGUAUAUUUUAUUAUUUUAUUUAUUAAGGAGGCGGCAGUGAGUUAAGCCUCGGAACUGAAACGCGUACACAACGGUGGUGUCAGAAGUGGGAUGACAUUGCACCAGAGAUGCUGUUGAUAUGCCCUGUCCUAAGAACUUGUAUGUGACCCUCUUCUAUUACUUUCAGUAUUGUUAGUCCGAAGUUAGAGCAGUUAACAAAUCUUAAUUGCAACCCACGUUUCACAGCACAUAGCAGAACAAGCCAAACCCAGGCCAACUUCUCCCUUAAAGAAUGGCCUUUGGAGCCUCUCUCUCUGUUUCCCAGGACACUUUGGCAUCACAGCCUUUAAGCAAGCAUUCCGUUGUCUGUCACGCAGGAAGUCCACUUUCCAAGAAAGGAAGUUGCAUGCGGUAUGGAAGUUCCCUGAUCCAGCGAGGGUGAGCCAGGCACACAGACGGUGCUGUUGCUCAUCACAACAUCUAGCCCCCUUGAACUUUAUGGGUGCAUUUUUGUCUGGAGCGAUUUGGUCACUGUGGCUGGGGGGUGAUGGGAGUUGUAGUCCAACAUCAGCUAGGGACCUAAGCUUGGGAACCCCAAGGGUAGAUCUUCCACAGCUCCACAAAGCCAUAUAUGUUUGUUUCACAACCCGUUUGAAUUUCUAGUAUAUUUGAUGACCUUGUUUGAAACUUUAAUAACAUCAAUGUUGCUCUUUCCUUUCCUAGUUAAGCCAAAAAUAGACAACCGUUUUAAAAGAGAAAGUGCUUUUGCUUUCCGUGAGGCACACAGAUGGUCGCCUUGUUGUCUCUAGACAAAUUAGGCACAUUCACGGAGGACAAAUCUUUCAGUGGCUACUGGUCAUUAUGGCUGAAGAGCCUCCAGCUUUAGGAGCAGUAUACCACCAAGUUCCUGUUGGAAGAGGGCCAUUAUCUCAUGCCUGGCUUCUGGGCUCCCCAGAGGCAUCUGGCUGGCCUCUCUCUGAUCCAUCAGGGCUCUUCUUACGUUCUUGGGUUGCAUAGGUUUCUUAAAAUUAUAUAAAUGCCUGCAAAACCUAUUUAGGAAAGGAAAAAGUACGAUGAGUGUACAAACCACGCACAGCAAUGCUUCCUUCAAUCUGCCUCCAGCUCUCUGUGGAAACUAUCAGUUUUUCAUUUGACAUUUCUCUGCUUUCUCUGACUAGCUCAUGGGUUUGGCAUGGGUGGCUUAGAUCUGUUGCUUUCAAUGGAAUGUUUAAGGGCUUACGAGCCUAAUUGUAUUUUGCUAUUUUAUGCAUAGCACCUGUUUGGACAGAAAUUGGGGUGAGGGAGAAGAAAGAACAACUUUGGUAAUGUUCAAAAGUCAUGGGAGGUAACUGGAGCAAAACAAUUUCUUGUGCUUUAUUCUUUGGGGAGUCUUGUCCGAUGUGUUAAAGAGCCUGAAAGCAAAAUAAAGCACCUCCU